CGCGUAUCAGAAGAAAGCAUCAGUUAAUCUUAUUCACUCGUCGUUCACACCUGAACUAUCACAGACCACGAUGAAUUCGCUGGUGGUGUUGUUCUCCGUGGUGGCGUUGGCUGCUGCCCACCCAUCGGUACCCUUUACCGCAGGAGUUCUUUCAUAUGCUGCACCUGACGUCGCCACCUUCCCGGCUGCAGUCUCGCAACAGUCUCGCAUCGACAUCAAGUCAUCACCGGCUGUGGUAGCUACCGCCGCUGUAGCGCCUGUUGCACGCACCAUCAUUGCUGAGCCAGCACUAGUUGCCGCCCCAGCACUGUACGCCGCCCCUGCCGCUGUGUCAUCCCAGUCUCGCCUGGACAUCAAGUCGUCCCCGGCUGUGGUAGCCACUGCCGCCGUAGCUCCCAUUGCCCGCACCAUCUAUGCUGAGCCUGCGUUGGUUGCCGCCCCAGCAGCUUACGCCGCUCCUGCUGCAAUCUCAUCUCAGUCCCGCAUCGAUGUGAAGUCUUCUCCUGCCAUUGUCAGUACCGUAGCCGCUGCUGCACCUCUCGCCUACGCCGCACCACUAGCCACGGCAGCCAUUGCACCGACAUUGUACAAGACCGCCGAUGUCGCCACAUCCUACAUCGCUUCUGCUUACUUGAAGACUCCUAUUGCAUCACCCGCCCUUGUGGGUCCCACUGUGCCACUUGAUACUCCUGAAGUGAUUGCUGCUCGUGCUGCCCAUUUUGAAGCUAAGGCUCUCGCCGGUGCACACUUGAUCAAGAAACGUUCAGCACCUUUCCUCGGCGCCCCCAUCGUAUCCGCUUACAGCGCUGCUCCGGUCGUGUCCACAUUGGCUGCUGCCCCUGUCAUUUCCGCAUACUCUGCUCCAGUGGCUUUCUCUACUCCUCUUAUUACAAAGGCCUACAGUGUGCACCCCUGUAAACAGUAUAAAUACACACAAAAUCAGCUUUGGGCAUUAGUUACUCUUAUUCGCUUAUCGUUGAUACCAGAAUCAUCACAGACCACGAUGAACUCGUUGGUGGUGUUAUUCUCCGUAGUGGCUUUGGCCGCAGCCAAGCCCUCAGGACUGCUGAAUGCCGGAGUGAUUUCGUAUGGUGCACCUGCUGUCGCCACUUUACCAGUUGCCGUUUCGCAGCAGUCUCGGAUUGACAUCAACUCUCCUCCUACCAUUAUCAGUACUGUGCCAGCCGCUACGCCUUUAACAAUUGGAGCAGCACCGUUAACGGCAGCUGCUAUUGCACCAACUCUCAUCAGAAGCUCACCCAUCGCUACGCCAGUUAUAGCUCCAGGUGUCUUGGGAACUUCUGCUAUCGCCUCUCCAGCCCUAGUCGGCCCAGCUCUAGCACCUGGAAUUCCGCUCGGAGCCUCUCAAGUGAUCGCUGCGGGUGCUCUUCCUUUACAAGCUAGUACGCUGGCCGGUGCCCAUCUAAUUCGUAAACGUUCUGCUCCCUUGUUAACAUCCCCCAUUAUAUCUACUGGCCCUGUUGUGUCUACCUAUAGUGCAACUCCCGUUAUCUCCACAUUACCAGCUGGUCCCAUCGUCUCACCAAUCGUGGUAGCUUUGGCCGCCGCCAAGCCAUCAGGACUUCUGAACGCCGGAGUGAUUUCCUAUGGUGCACCCGUUGCCACUUUGCCGAUCGGACCUGCGCCUUUAACAAUUGGAGCUGCACCGCUAACCACAGCCGCUAUUGCACCAACUCUCAUCAGGAGCGCACCCAUCGCUACGCCAGUUAUCGCGCCAAGUGUUUUGGGAACUUCUGCUAUUGCCGCUCCAGCCCUCGUUGGUCCAGCUCUUGCUGCACCUGGAAUUCCACUCAGUGCAUCUCAAGUGAUCACCACCGGUGCUCUUCCUUUACAAGCCAGCACACUGGCUGGCGCCCAUCUGAUUCGCAAACGUUCUGCACCUUUAAUUACAUCCCCCGUUCUGUCUGCUGGUCCUGUUAUUUCCACCUAUAGUGCGGGCCCAGUUCUCUCCUCCCCUCUUGGUCUCUCCUCCCCUCUUGGUCUCUCCUCCCCUAUUGGUCUCUCCUCGCCCAUUGGUCUCUCUUCUCCCAUUGGUCUCUCCUCACCCAUUGGUCUCUCCUCACCCAUUGGUCUCUCCUCACCAUUAGCACUUUCCUCGCCUCAUCAGUCGAUCCGAUAUCAUCGAUCAGACAACUCAACACAGACCACAAUGUACAAGCUGGUGGUGUUGUUUUCCGUAGCAGCUUUGGCGGCGGCCAAGCCCAGCGUGGUGGCUUCAGUGGCGCCAUUGGCGUACUCUGCUGGCAUUCCUGCUGUAAGCUCGGUGUCGCAAUAUAGUUCCAGUGUGGUGCACGGUGCUCCCGUGGUGUCCCCAGCAGUCUACAGCGCACCAUCAGUAUAUAGUGUACCAUCAGUAUACAGUGCUUCUGUGGUCGCUCCUGCCUACGGCCGCGCAGUAGUUCCUGCCGUCGCUCCCGCUGUGGUCUCUGCCGUCAGCCCAGCUGUUGUUGGCGCUGUCGCUCAAGCUCCUAACUCCCCCGCUGUCGUCCUGGAUGCCAUCAACGGUGUGCCCCUAGAUACACCUGAAGUUGUCGCCGCCCGUGCCGCCCACUACCAGGCUAAGGCUCUCGCCAUACACAGCCUCCGCAAGCGAUCUGUUGGCGUCGCUCCAGUGGCCUACAGUUCCGUGGUUGCUCCCGCCGUGAGCCCUGUUGCCUACAGUGCUCCACUCGUAUCCGGUUACUCCUCUCCAGUGGUAUCUGCCCCUGUUGUUUCCUCUUAUGCUGCCCCCGUCGCCUACUCUGCUGUUGUCCCCAGAGCAUACGGCGUCCAUCCCUGGUAAACUUAAUGACUUAAU